GGGGAGGGGGAAGGGGCAUUCUUGACGCGGAGACGGGCUUGUUUGAAAUGCUGGUUCAAGAGGGGCAAGGUUGUGGUUUUUUUUCCUUUUCGUCUUCGGGAGCCCCCCUGCUUCUCUCUCCUCAUUUCCUUUCCCUGGUUUCUCCCUGCUGCUGAGUUUGUGACCGGAGUAAGAUUGUUAGACUAAUAAAAUAAGCCGGCAGAUGGUCCAUAUCCCGAAGCUUCAUGGGAACCAUCACAAUAGUUUGGUCGGUGUGAAAGGACAAGGGUCCCAGGAUUCUUGAGCUGUGCCCAGCUGACAAGCUUUUGAAGAUGGCACAAUAACUGUUCAGUGAUGCCUGACCAUGACAGCACAGCCCUCUUAAGUAGGCAGACCAAGAGAAGAAGAGUUGACAUUGGAGUGAAAAGGACGGUAGGGACAACAUCUGCAUUUUUUGCAAAGGCGAGAGCAUCGUUUUUUAGUGCCAUGAAUCCCCAAGGCUCCGAGCAGGAUGUUGAGUAUUCCGUGGUGCAGCAUGCAGAUGGGGAGAAGUCAAAUGUGCUCCGCAAGCUGCUGAAGAGGGCAAACUCAUAUGAAGAUGCCAUGAUGCCUUUUCCAGGAGCAACUAUAAUUUCCCAGCUGUUGAAAAAUAACAUGAACAAAAAUGGUGGCACCGAGCCCAGUUUUCAAGCUAGUGGCCUCUCCAGCACAGGCUCAGAAGUACAUCAGGAGGAUGUGUGCAGCAACUCUUCAAGAGACAGCCCCCAAGAGUGUCUUUCUCCAUUUGGCAGACCCACGAUGAGCCAGUUUGAUAUGGAUCGGUUAUGCGAUGAGCACCUGAGAGCUAAGCGUGCCCGGGUUGAGAAUAUCAUUCGAGGGAUGAGCCAUUCCCCAAGUGUGGCAUUAAGGGGCAAUGAAAAUGAAAGAGAGAUGGCUCCACAGUCUGUGAGUCCCCGAGAAAGUUACCGAGAAAAUAAGCGCAAGCAAAAGCUGCCUCAACAGCAGCAACAGAGUUUCCAGCAGCUGGUUUCAGCUAGGAAAGAACAGAAGCGAGAGGAGCGCAGACAGCUGAAACAGCAGCUGGAGGACAUGCAGAAACAGCUGCGCCAGCUUCAGGAAAAGUUCUACCAAAUCUAUGACAGCACAGAUUCUGAAAAUGACGAAGACACUGGUAACCUAUCUGAAGACAGCCUGCAUUCAGAAACACUGGAUGCCAGGGCAAGAGAUUCUGUGGGUAGGUCAGAUAAUGAAAUGUGUGAAUUGGACCCGGGGCAGUUUAUUGAUCGUGCACGAGCUCUGAUUAGAGAACAGGAGAUAGCUGAGAACAAACCCAGAAAAGAUGGCCCCAAAGAAAAAGAUCAUGGGCCCAAUUCUUUUCAGCCAGAAGGCAAGCACUUAGCUGAGACGCUGAAGCAGGAACUGAACACUGCCAUGUCUCAGGUUGUGGACACUGUGGUCAAGAUUUUCUCUUCAAAACCUGUCCGUCAACUUCCUCAGGUCUUCCCACCUCUUCAGAUCCCCCAAGCAAGAUUUGCUGUCAAUGGGGAGAACCACAACUUCCACACAGCAAACCAGCGCCUCCAGUGCUUUGGGGACAUCAUCAUUCCAAACCCACUAGACACCUUUGGGAAUGUGCCACUGUCUAAUUCCACAGACCAAACAGAAGCACUGCCCCUAGUUGUCCGCAAAAAUUCAUCCGACCAGCCUGCCUCUGCCCCACCUCCUGGCAGCCAUCAUGCUGCCCUCCAUCAGUCUCCACUGUCUGCCACCACAGGGUUCACUUCAUCUUCGUUCCGCCAUCCCUUUCCUCUACCCCUUAUGGCGUACCCAUUUCAGAACCCCUUAGGGGCUCCUUCUGCCUCCUUCCCUGGGAAAGACAGAGCCUCCCCUGAAUCCUUAGAUUUAACAAGAGAGACCACAAGUCUGAGGACCAAGAUGUCAUCUCAUCAUAUGAACCAUCACCCUUGUUCACCAGCACACCCUCCUAGCACUGCAGAAAGCCUCUCAAUAUCUCUUAUCAAGUCUGAGUGUGGUGACCUUCAAGAUAUUUCCGAAAUCUCACCUUAUUCUGGGAGUGCCAUCUACAUGCAGGAAGGUUUGUCACCUAACCACUUAAAAAAGGCCAAGCUCAUGUUCUUUUAUACUCGGUACCCAAGUUCCAAUAUGCUGAAAACCUACUUCUCAGAUGUAAAGUUCAACAGAUGUAUUACUUCUCAGCUCAUCAAGUGGUUUAGCAAUUUUCGUGAGUUCUACUACAUUCAGAUGGAGAAGUAUGCACGUCAAGCCAUCAAUGAUGGUGUAACAAGCACUGAAGAGCUGUCUAUAACCAGAGACUGUGAGCUGUACAGAGCACUCAACAUGCACUACAAUAAAGCAAAUGACUUUGAGGUUCCAGAGAGAUUCCUGGAAGUGGCUCAGAUCACAUUACGAGAGUUUUUCAAUGCCAUUAUCGCGGGCAAAGAUGUUGAUCCUUCCUGGAAGAAGGCCAUAUACAAGGUCAUCUGUAAGCUGGACAGUGAAGUUCCUGAGAUUUUCAAAUCCCCAAACUGCCUCCAAGAGCUUCUCCAUGAGUAGAGAUUUUCAACCACUAUUUAUGAAUGUAUUAAAAAAAAGUAGCAGACUCUCCCUUUUUUAUGCCCAAGCUAUGUGUGAGUGCGUGUGUAUGUGUUUCUAUAUUAAUUUCAUAUAUGAAAUCAGAUCAGAAUCCCUUGUGAUUUCUUAUAAAUUUAGGUCAGUAAUAAGUGUAUAAUUGUUUUAACUCCAGCCUUUGUUUUACUUUGGCCUGUGACUUUUAACAUUUGGGGAAAAAACAGUAUUGGGGCAUUUCUUCCCCUCCCUGUCCCUUUUCUUACCCCUUGAGAAGAAGAAUGUUUUGAAGUGUAUACAAGCCUGCCUAUCUAUCUAUCUAUCUAUCUAUCUAUCUAUCUAUCUAUCUAUCUAUCUAUCUAUCUAUCUAUCUAUCAUCUCUCUUUCUCUCUCUCUCUCUCAUUACAAGGUGGUUUUUCUUCCCAGAUAAGCUAAUGUCAUGGUAAAAUCCUACUGAAAGUGAUGGCCCUUUGUUUGUAUUAAGCUCUUAACUUUAUAGGGGGGUUUCACAGCUAAGGUUUCUAAGUUUUUAGUUCAACUGCUAAAUGAAGGAAGUGUACUUUUUGUGCUACACCACAGAAGACAUAGAAAUGCCUCUUUUCCUUGCUCAACUGAGAGCAAAAGACAUCAUCUACAGUACACUAAGCCUCAUGGCCUUCCUUUUAUAAAACAAUGUAUGCCCUCAUUCUGGUGUCUUUUAUGCUACUACAAGUAUGUGUUUCAGCUUGUUGAGUCCUACUGUAAUGAUUCUUGGGAGUUACCUAUGUACGAUUUCUCAUGUUAGGAAGUUUGGGAAAGCAAUAGUAGUGGGAAGUUCUCUCAGAAGACACCACAGAGUUGAAAGCGUGCUCUGUUGUUUCCUGCUGGGCUCACCACAUUUUAGAGAGGGCUGGAUCCAAACUAAAGUAGACUGAGAGAUGGGACUGGAUGAAUCCAAAAUUCCAGAACUGGAAUGCCCUUAUUUUUUGGUGUUUGCCUCAGCUAUGUUUAUCUAGCUAUGUUUCCCCUUCUCCUUUCAAGCAAGGCAAUACUGUGCAAAACAAAUGAAGGCAAGAUAAUUUGUAGCUUGGCAAAUACAAUUUCAUGAUAUGGUCAGCUUCUUAAAACAAUAGCAUUUCACUCUCCAUGGAGUAAAAAGAUGUUGCUGUAUAAUCUCUGGCCAUAGUGGAGCGUUUUAAAUUGUUUUAUUGGUCAUGGGAUAAAUAUUUCCUAUCGAAAUCAGUGGCAUCCAAAAGCAGCAAUCCCAUGCACAUGCAUUUGGGGACUAAGUCCAGAACUGACUUCUAACCAGAUGUUUAUAGGAUGACUAUGAUGAUUGCUUAAUGUUUUAUUUUGGCUGAAUUGUGCCGUUUUACUUGAUCACAUUGAAUAGUUGGGUCGGGCCAUCUUCUAAAUAGCGUUUGAUACAAAUGUAUUCUUCUCCUUCUUCUCUGAAAUCCUUAGGUGAUGUAUAUAUUUGAUAUUUCAUAUUUUUACCUGAAAACGUGUUUUUAAUUACUUUUUCAUUGGAGAAACAUUGUAAGAUAUAUUUGUUUUAUUCUCAAAUUACUGUGGCAAAAAAGAAAAAGUGACAUCAUCUCAGAGUGCAAGAACACUUUCUAUAUAUUAGAAAUGGAAUAGAAACAUUUUUAUAGAAAAUAUUGUUUAAAGGAAAAAAUAUAGGCACAAUAUAAUACCGAAAGCACAACUCUGGAGAAAAAACUGUGCAUACAGUCAAGUGGCUAGUGCUAACUAACUUUCUGGGUCUUAUGCAUGCUUCAUGAGCACUGGAUUGUGCCUAAACAUUGUGCAGAACUUGUAUUUCUGUCCCAUUGGCUAGGAAAACAAAAGCUAGCCACUUUAUUCUUUCCUCAAAUGUACAUAAUUCAUAAGCAAUGAAUCGAAGUAAUUAAAUACCUUCCUGUUCUAUAGCAAAAGUUAGCACCAAACAAAACAUGAGAGCAGUGCAUAAUAUAUUACAGAAUGAAGCUCUUCAGAGUUGUCCUGAUAUUUUCAAGAUAAUCUUUUGCAAAGAAGAGCCACUGAGUCCUACUUCUGGACUGUUUCAGUAAAGCUAAACUCAACAUGCUGAAUGCAGAGCUGCCGCUGAAAAUUGUAACCAUGCUAAUAUUUCCCUACUCUAUAAAAUCCAUCUAAUUGCAUACUGAGGCCAUGAUGUUUCAUGUUCCCCACCAACAGCUGAUGACACAAGGGCAGGGAAGCACAAAACAUCCUAAUAUCCAAACACAGUGUUCUAUUCCAUGCUGGAGAUGGGAGAAGCUUACUCUAGGGCUGCCAUUUUCAGCAAGGGCUGAAUAUUUUUACUUCUCGUUGGACCUGAUUUUUGAUAUUUACUGGAACAGAAUAUGUGUUGAAGUCCAAACUGGAAUUUCAUCUCAAAAUGACAAAAUCAAGGUUGAGCUUAUAGUGAAAAGUAGGAAUAAGGGUGGUAUGGAUCCAGCUGAAAUGAAUUGAGACAAUAAUCAGUCUAAUUCAAAAAGAAGUUUAUCAGUCUAAUUCAAAAAGAAGUUCCCUGCAAGUUUUCAUGCUUUCUUUAGAGGUCUCUCUCUCUCUCUCUUUUUUUGUUUGUUUUCUUUUCAUACUUUCAGAAAGUGGUAGUGUCUACUAGUAUUACUUAUAUGCUGUGGCACUAUGUGUUUGUUGUUUUCUGUGUCUUUUGUACAGAUGCAGUAAGAAUUUAUUGUUAUCUGGACUAGUAUCUAUCAUUACCUGUUAUCUCCCCCAGGAAAUUGAAUCAGAUUCAGUCCUAACUGGCCAUGGUGGCAGUUUUACAUUUCAGCAGAUAGUUUUCUUUAGGAUCCUCCUUUUUUCCCCCCUUUCUUGAAAUUGCUUUUUAAAGAAAAACAAAACAUAAAUUGUAUUUUGACUUUGGAGAGUGAAAGUUUACCCCGUAUACAUUACAAUAAUAAAAAAGCUGACCUAAUCAUUGCAAUGAUGCCUGGUUUAUAAAUACUGCUUGAGAAACAAAAAAUGAUGAAAAGAGUUGACAGUGAAAAGCCUUAAAACCUGCUGAUUUUUUUUUAAAAUGAGGGCACAGGCCUUUGUCUAGUGACAGAAACACACAGGGUUUCUCAAUAUGCAGAAUAGCAGUUUUCUUGGUGCAAAAACUUUGCUGAAGCCAGCAAGAUGCACUUAAGCACACACUAUAUUAAAGAAAAAGUCCAGUGAGCCUUUUUGUAUGUAAUACCCUUAGCUAAAAAUAAAACAAAGCAUAGUUUAUUAAUCCAGAGAUAGGCUCCCAUAUUUGUUUUUUGUCUUGAAUGCUACUUUUGAUAUUUUAAUUCUGGUGUGUUUCAAGGAGAGUUCCCCAAAAUAUAUGAAAUAAGGAACUGGUUUAACUAUGAUCUGAAAGCAUUACUGGAUUGUGGUUUAAGAUCCUAAUUAGUUAACAAACAUUAAACAACUGUUCCUUGUCCCUGAGGUAAACAGAACUAUGUAGUUCAAAUCAAUUCAAACUGAAGUACCAGAAGUAGUUCACAGAGAGAAAAGAUAAUGGGAAAGCAUACCUACCAUUCUGGGAGUUGCUAUUUCAACCCAUCUGGAGUCAGUCCAACUUUAAAAAAAAUGGGGAUGACCAUUAUGAUUACAUCCUUUUAUCUUCUCAUUUUGAAAGAGGUGAUUUAAAGCUUAUUUCUGCUAAAGGGUUCUGGAAAGGUGCAGGAGACUUUAAAGAGAGACAUUUUUCUCAUGUUAUUGCAGGAACCUACUUAGCUGUCUCCAUAUUCAAAAUGGCAUGAAAUCCUCUAGCAGUCCACUCUAGCAAGUCCUCCUGCUGUAUUAUCAUCUUGGCCAUGACCAAACGAUCCCAACUAAAGCCAUACUUCAUUUCUCAGACACAAUUCUGAAGACUAACAUUGUUAGUAACAUUUGUGUUGUUAGCUCUAGUGCAGUUUGUCUUGACUGAAAUGUGACUCAUUGAACCCAAUGACCUCUUAAAACUUAUGCCACUUAUUUAUUUAUUUAUUUAUUUGAAACAUAGCCUAUGUAAAAAUGAGUGCGAAUGAGGCUUCAAAAUGCUAAAAGGGGUGGGGAGAGAACCAAGCAAACCUUGAUUUGCUUUUUUUAAGGAUCUAUAACUGAUUGUUGACUAAUUAUUUAAUUAUAAUUUCAUUGUGUUAGUUGUAUUGCCUUUGUGCCCCCCAAAGCACAUCAGACUGAGUGUGAAAUAUCAAUUUUGUCAUCCUCCCAAUGAUUUCUUUUCGGAUUCCAUUUUUAAAAAUAAAAUAAUCACCUUGUGCCAUAGAUUUCAUUGCCAUGCUGAGUCCUUUGUCUAUGGACGCUAGAGCAGCCCAAGUUGCUGAGAUUGUUCUACUAUGCUUCCUGUCCAUUUAAAAAGGAGAAGAAAUGGAGAAAACAGAAGAUAGCUUUGCUAUUGAUAUACUUAGCUGGAUUCUUGUGUAGGUGAGCUGGCCCCAUGCUGGACAUUCAGGCAAGAGACCAACUUCAAACAGAAACUGAUUUAAUGCUAAAUUUGGAAGCAUUAAGACCAACAGUUCUAAGAAGCAAAGCACUGUAACAGAAUUUCUCUAACUACACUUCCUGGGAAUUCUUGAGAAAGAAUUAUGGUCACCUCAUCUCUAUGAAUCUGACAUAGUUUUUUUGCAUGAAUCCCCUAAUUUUUGAUAACACUGCACCUGAUUAUUGUUGAUUUUUGUAGCCAGGCAUUCCUUGGUCAGCUUCAGGACACUGCAGCAAGUAUAAAACUGAGCCACGUUCAGCAAUAGUAGUUACUCAAGGGUGUCCAUGGAAUAUGGUAAAAAAGUCAAGAUGGCAGGCAGCCAUGGCGGUGCAGUUGAAGCUCCGCCUGUUUAUGUGCAACAUAACACACACAAAAAACUAAGUGGAGCUGAGGUCACACCAUCAAGGCCACUAUUUCGACUUUCUUGACCAUACCUGCAGACAUCCCUGUAGUUAAACCUCCAUUCCCAGCCCCUUUUGUGCUAGAAAAGACAGAAGGUGCUUUUAAUACAGGAAAGAGAAAUUGACAUAGGGAAAUUAAUUUAAAACACUUUCAAAAAUACCGAAAUUCUGUGCUGACAUUCAUUUUCCUACUCUUUCCUUAUUUUCCUCACUAAAGAAACUGGGGCUUAUAGUGUGUGCCUAGACCUUCAAUGCACCAGCAGAAGGAUUAGAUAAAACAAGUCCUUCAAAUUGCCAGUUAUUCUCUGUUAACCAGUACAAUUGUUCUUGUGCCUUCUGUGGCUUACAGUUUUCAUGUCUGGACCUUCCUUCCUCCACACAGUUCCCCAGUUGCAAUAAACACUGCUUUUCUCUCCACUUUUUUCCAGCUGUUUAACAUAAUGUUGAUAGCUAUGCACAUUUUGUGUCUUUUUAAAGAAAAUUAAAAACAAAAGCAGGAGAAUAAGUUUUUGAAGAAGAUAAUUUUUAGAACAGUUUGAUAAUGCAAAUUAUUUUUUCUCAAUUGUUUGAGCAGCAUUCAAUUUUGAAAAUUUCUUGUAGAAGCCAAUUUUUUGUAACAGUGGUGCAGAUCUUGUGUUUUCUUAGCCUAACAAAAGGUAGUAUAGAAGCAAUAUUUCAUACGUAUUAUAUAUAUGUGUAUACAUAUACAUACAUAUAUAACCAUAUAUACACCUGCUAAUAUAUAUAUAUGUAUAUAUACUUAUACACACACAAUAAGCGUGUGAAGUGAAAGGCUUACGUUUUUCCAGUGUAGAUUAAGAACCUAUUUUAGACAUUUGUUAUACUUUGUGAGAAGAAUGUUCUAUUUGAAACUAUAAAACAUUUAAUUCUUACUGUAUCUCUGGUUGUGUAAUGGGAACGCUUCACAUUAAACAAUUUUUAAAAAGUGAAAGAUAUUAGGAUGUAAUAAUUAUUUAAGAAGUGUUCACCCAUAUAUUCUUGAGGUUUGCUUUGUGCCUCUGAGUAUUAUUUAAUUUAAAGUGUUUUAAGUUUGCAGAAUCAUUGUUACUGUACCGAGUAUGUGGGUGAACAUCUAUAGCCGAGGGGAACUUUUAUAAAGCAAUGUAUAUAUUCAGCUUGAGGGCUCUUCUUGAAUAAAAGGCAUAUGAUUUUAAUAACUACAUUCUGAGAACAUCUGUUAAAUUUAUAGGAACUGCUGCAGUAACUGCAGAUAGUGAUAGUGAAAGCAUUCUUUAAAACCCAGCUCAAUACUUUUAAAAGAUAGAUUUCUCUCAUCAUGUAUCCAGGAGAAGGGUGAUCCACUUUCUGUAAUGUUACAGAAUUAUUUUCUAUGUGCACAAAGUAAUUUAUUGGCAAUGGAUUCCUCCCUCCACAGGUUAAUAUUAACUAAAAAGUAAAAGUUAAGAUUUUGUGGCUUUAAAUAUAGGACUUUCACCAGCAGAACUGAAAGAUAUAAAUAUAUAUAUAUAUAUAUAUAAAAUAUAUAUAAAUAAAUAAAUAUAUAUAUAUAUAAAAAGUGGUUUGCAAAUCCCCUCAAAGGAGCAUUGUACAUGAGGUAAUCUUUUUUUAAAUCAUCUUCUAUUUGUCAUGUGUAUUAUAUAGUAAUUAUAGGUGUUUUAGUGCAAAGACUUCUUUUGGGUAUGUAUUCUGUGUUUGGAAAUUUUAAUAAACAUUGUUUUUAAAAGGCUCCCCUUAAUGAUUGUAACUGGUUUAUAUUAAUAAACAGUUACUAUAUUGCACUUAAAUGUUCUGUUGAAGGAAAUACAGUUUUGUUGGUUAUAAACCAUUGAAAAUAUUAAUAGUUUGACCUGGGAUAAAACUGUCAUUUAACCUUUGAAUCUUCUUAGGGCUCACUCUGUUUCAAACUAUGAAAAGUGGUGACUUCAGCCAGUUCUGUGAUUUGAAGAUCUUCAGCUAUUUUCUCUAUUCAGACAGCUACCCUGAGAAAUACUAAAAUGUACAAGAAAUAUACAGUAAAAUGUGGAUAAGAUGGCAAGUUUAAAUUUUGUUUCCAGUCUUUCUGAUGUAGACUUUCUUACAGCAUUAAUAUAAUACUGUAGAAUUAGAAAAAAAUACAUGUACACACACAUACACAUUUUUAGCAGGAAGAUACUUAUUAAUCUGAACUCAAGAGUCAGAGAAAUAAUGUACCUUUUUAAACUGGAAGAGUCAAAGGUUAAGGCAUAAACUGCUGUUGUCCCAGCUACUUCUCAUAUGUAUAUAGUUACAAAAGUUACAAAACACUGCCUUUAUAUUAUUUAGCAAUAUGUUGUAAAUAGCAUUAUCAAAGGUUUUUUUUUGUAAUAAAAACCCUUUAAUUUGAAGUUAGUACAAUAACUGAAUUAAUGAAUUCAAUUUUUUGAUUAUUUUUAAUUUUAUUUUUUAGAUAGAGGCAAUUUCAACUGUGGGGGGGGUUUGUUGUUGUCUAUUGUUCUGAAGACUUUGCAUAAUUUAUUGGUUUAAUUUAUCCUAAUUUAUUUGAUGGUGUACAAUUUUGUAUUGCCAAGGAUGUACUGUAAUAUUAAUUGAUGAUGUGAUAAAACAUGAAGACUCCCCUGUCUGUAAGGAGGGAAAAAAAGGUGCAGUAGACAAUUGAUUGAAAAACUUACAAUUCUAGCUUGGCAGCUACUAAAUUGAAAAGAAAUCAGGAAAAAUGUUUUUUUGGGGGGUGGGGGUGGGAAGUUGGGGGGGGGACUCUUAUUUUGUGUGUUUUAAGCUUUUGUAUACUCUCCAGAUCUUUACCUUUUUGCUUUGUACCACUUAAAGGAUACAGUAGUUCAAUUGCCUUGUGUGCCUUCCAUCUUCUCUAAACUGAAUGUAUGUGCAGUAUAUAUGCAAGCUUGUGCAAAAUAAAAUAUAAAUUACAAGCUCA